GUUGCAACAUAGAAAUAGGUUUAUUUUUUAAAUAACAUCUAUAAAUAAGUAGCAAUCUUUGUAAAAUCAGUAUGGCUCAGGUGGGAGAUAAAGUUACAGUAUUGUAUGAGUUUGAUGGAAUUGUUGAUAAUCACGAGCUGGCUCUUCGUGAAGGAGAUAUUGUGACAUUGACCAAUCCAGAUGUAGGUGAAGGAUGGUGGGAGGGUCAAGCUUCUGAUGGAACAGUAGGUCUUUUCCCUUCUGCUUAUUGUGAAUUGGUGGAAGACAAUGGUGCUGUUGGGGAUGCAGAAUAUGGUGAAUCCUAUGCUCCACCCGAACCACAAGAAACUACAUCGUACAAUGGAGAUAAUCAACAACAACACGAGGAAGUUUAUGAUGGUGGGGAUGAUGAUGAGUGGGAAGCGUCAUGGGGUGUUCAAAACUACUCAGCCCAAGCGCCAACAGCUACCUCUCAACCUGUACCAAUAGCCUCAUCACCUGCUCGAGAGGGAUCAACUAAAAAAUCAUCAGAGAGCGACUCACCCAAAAAGAAUGCAAAAAAUGCAGGAUUAUUCAGCAGUCUAACCGGAAACAUUUUUUCAGCUUUCAGUGUUACUCCGGCUGAAUCUUUUAUAUUGGGUGACAUAAAAGCAGAUACAUCUUCUAAACCUAAGAUUCAUUUGGUUUUAACAGAGGAUGGACCAAUGUGGGAUAAUACUGCUCAGCAACAUUUCACAUGCACUAUAUCUGAUCCCCAAAAAGCGAGCAAGUUUUCUGGGUUUAAAAGUUAUAUUACGUAUAAUAUCACACCUAGCCAUUCAGGGAAGACUGUAUCGAGGCGUUACAAACACUUUGAUUGGUUGCUGGAACAGCUUGUAAAGAAAUUCAAUGUAACUAUUGCCGUUCCUCCAUUGCCAGACAAGCAACUUACUGGGAGAUAUGAAGAUGAAUUCAUAGAAGGACGAAUGCACCAGUUGCAAGGAUGGCUUUCUAGAAUGUCUUUGCAUCCAGUCAUAUCCCAGUCAGAAGUAUUUCAACACUUUCUUGUUUCAAAAGAUUCAGAAAAGGCAUGGAAGGAAGGAAAACGAAAAGCUGAAAGUGACCCAGCUGUUGGCGGAGCGUUUUGUACAACUAUUGUACCUGUCACUGAGAAUAGAAUGGAAUUAUCCACUGCUGAGCAAACUUUACAAUACUAUUCACAGUUUACAAGGGCAAUGGAUGAAUCAUUAAAGCAAAUUGUUGCUCAUGGUGCUGCUUAUUCAAGAAAAUGUCAAGGUCCGUUAAUGCAAGAAUACCAGAAAAUGGGACAGUGUUUCGGAGCAUUAGGAGAUUCAUUUGCUAUGGAUAAGCGACAAAAUGCAGCACCAUUAACAGAGGCAAUAAAGCAUACAGGUAAAACUUACGAGGACAUUGGAUUGAUGUAUCAAGAGCAACCAAAACAGGAUUGGAAUCCAUUAUUGGAUGGUCUCAAUGAAUAUAAAGGAAUCAUGGCGUGUUUCCCAACUAUCCUUGGCAAUAAUAAGAGUGCGAUAGACAAACAACGAGAAAUGAUGCGUCUUCAGCUAGAAGGAAAAUACACAGAGGAUGAUGUUGAAAAUGCUAAAUUGCGAGCUGAAACUCUUUCAUAUGCCGUUCAAGCAGAAAUUAAUCACAUGCAGUAUUACAGGGUUGGAGAUUUUGCUGCUUAUAUGAAAAGUUUUGUGCAACAACAAGUUGUCUUCUAUCAGAACAUAGUGAGUAAAUUACAGGAUACAGCUCGGAUGUAUGACAAUCUCCAAUAGAACGUUGUUUCAUUAUUUCUACGAAGUUAACUUGAUCAGCUUGACGCUGCUUCCACAUAGUUGUGAUUGUCAUAUUAUGAAUGUGUUUUUGUACAAUUUUCUUGAUCAAUCUGUAUGCUUCUAACUGCUGUAUUUUCAUGUAGUACAAAUCAUAUAUAGACAGACUAUUAUUUUAUCAUAUCUGUAUACCUACUGAAAGCAUGUCCCUCUUAAUAAUAAUAUGCUCAGACAUGAUACCAUUUUUCAUAUUUUAAACAGUAUAAUGUAUAAAGUGUGGGAUUCUGUUUUGGUAUAUUAAUUUUUAACAAUAUUUAUAUGAGAUCAUGAAAAUUUUAUGACUUUUCGUCAGUGUCUCACUUCUAGUGUUCAAUUUCAUAUAAGUGAGAUGGUGGCAGUCUUCAGGAAUUGUGCUAACUAAAUAAUAUUAUGUGUGAUUUCUCAUUAUCCAAGGUGUCUAAAAAGUUUUGCAGAAUUACAAUUACCAAUUUCUUAUCAUUUUGAUUAAAUCAUUUCUUGUAUAUAUUUUUAUCUGUAUAUUUUAUUAAUGUUGUCACUUGAAAUGUGCACUGUAUUGUAUGUUUUUUACUCAAAUCUUGACAUGUUUUAAAAUUGUUACAUAUACUCUAUAAAUGCUUGGCCAUUUUGAUUUGCCAUAGCUUGCAAUUUAUAAAGUCUAUACUCAAGUUUCAGAUUAAUGAUCGUAACAUAUGGAUCUUUGUUGCGCCUUUCAACUACUUCUAUUCGAUACUGAAAAGCUCUUGACUUCCUGUAUAUGAAUUAGUUGCGUAAAAUGAGACAAGAUUCCCUGUAAUUUGCAUAUGCUUAGCCAUUAAACAAUGCCGCCAUAACUUAGUAAUAUUCUAUACUGUUCCCCUUUUCUAUACCUUCCAUUUCAAAAACAAUAGUUGUUUGCUGUGAGACAUAACUUAUAUUUUUGACAUAAAAGCAAAUUUUGUUACCUACUUUAUCGGUUGAAAUUUCUUGUUCAUGAGCAUACCUUACCCAAAAACGUCAAAAAUUUGUAACUUUUGAAAUAGUUUAUUGCUUUUGUCAAGUCUCAUGCCCACUUCAAUAACUAGCUAACAAUAAGCUACAAAUAAUAGAUAGUAGGGCGAAGUAUGUUUUAUUUGAAAAACACAUUGAAAAUACGUUGAUGGAAUGUAGAUAUCCAAAAUAGGGCAUGCAAUAUAAAAUCUAACAAAUAUUUUUAUUUUCAAUUAGCUUCACUUCCCCUCAAAAAAUUGUCUAAGCCCCCGCUUGUGCGGUGCGCCCCACCAUUUGAGAACCACUAUUCUAUAUAAUUGAAAAUUCCACAUCUCAAGAUAUCAGUUAAUUUCACAACAUAUACAUACAUAUACAUAUACCUUCACCCGGAGUACCAAAUAUAUGAAUUUGCCCUUUUUUCAUUAUAUUUUGAAUACACAGUCUUCUCACGAACAAUUCUAAGAAAUAUUGGUCUAGUUUUUCCAUAUUUUGGGUCAGUUGAUAUGUUAUAAUUAUAAUAUAGUCUAAAUAUUGAGAAAAAGUAGUUCCUAAAAUUAACUAUUCCCUCUAUCAUAGCGUAUUACUAUGUGUUGGUCCUGUUUUUCCUCAUAGUUAAUUGUUGCAGUUGUAUUUAACGUCAUUGAGAUUAUGCCUAGAUUGACUUCAUCUGUGUUUCUGCAAUAAUCCGUUCUUACAUGACAAUAAUAUGUUAGUAUUGGUAGUAUAUACCCUAUGUAAUGUGUUAUACCCAUUGGAAGCAGUAUUUUGUGUAAUGUGUGCAGACUUAUGUAUAUUUGAUGUCAAUCAUUUAUUGAACAAAUAUUAUAUUUUGUAAUUGUUUUAAUAAUUGCUUAUGGAUGACAUAAUAUCAUACUAUUUAAAUGUAUUAUUAAAUUCUGUGCAAUAACAUAA